GCCUGGCCCCAGCUCCCCGCCCCCCCGCCGCGCACCUUACCCUCACAUCCCUCGGAGGUCUAGUCCGGUGCCCCCAGACCCCGGCCUCCAGCACAGAGGCAGGAGGCAGAGAGAAGCAGCGGAGGCGGGAGGACGAAGAAGGGGAGGAGGAGCCCGUCGCAGGAUGAAGGAUCGGACUCAGGAGCUGCGGAGUGCAAAAGACAGUGAUGAUGAAGAGGAGGUGGUCCAUGUGGAUCGAGACCACUUUAUGGACGAGUUCUUUGAACAGGUGGAAGAGAUCCGAGGCUGCAUCGAGAAACUGUCUGAGGACGUGGAACAAGUGAAGAAACAGCACAGUGCCAUCCUGGCCGCCCCCAACCCGGAUGAGAAGACUAAACAGGAGCUGGAGGACCUCACGGCAGACAUCAAAAAGACGGCGAACAAGGUCCGGUCCAAGUUGAAAGCGAUCGAGCAGAGCAUUGAGCAGGAAGAGGGGCUGAAUCGUUCCUCCGCAGACUUGCGCAUCCGCAAGACCCAGCACUCCACACUCUCGCGGAAGUUCGUGGAGGUAAUGACCGAGUAUAAUGCAACCCAGUCCAAGUACCGGGACCGCUGCAAGGACCGCAUCCAGCGGCAGCUGGAGAUCACUGGCAGGACUACCACCAACGAAGAGCUGGAAGACAUGUUGGAAAGCGGGAAGCUGGCCAUCUUCACUGACGAUAUCAAGAUGGACUCACAGAUGACAAAGCAGGCACUAAAUGAGAUUGAGACAAGGCACAACGAGAUCAUCAAACUGGAGACCAGCAUCCGAGAGCUGCACGACAUGUUUGUGGACAUGGCCAUGCUGGUGGAGAGCCAGGGCGAGAUGAUUGACCGCAUCGAAUACAAUGUGGAACAUUCCGUGGACUAUGUGGAACGAGCUGUGUCCGACACCAAGAAAGCUGUGAAAUAUCAGAGCAAGGCGAGGAGGAAGAAAAUCAUGAUCAUCAUUUGCUGUGUGGUGCUGGGGGUGGUCUUGGCGUCAUCCAUUGGGGGAACACUGGGCUUGUAGGCCCCCCCACCCUUCUCUUCCCUUGGUCCCUCCCCACACAUCGGGAGCAAUACCCCCACCGCCCUUUCACUCUCCCCUGCUCCAAGCUCACUCCCAAAACAGACCCAGGCAGUUCCAGCUCCUCUCACCCUCAUGCCGACCCUGGAGUCCCUGGCUCUCACCUUGCCAUGGAUCCCACCUCCACCUUGCCGCACAUAGAUAGCAGCAGGCGUGAUCACACAUGCACACCAACAUGCAUGCCGCGGGCACAUGCUCAAGACGUGUGGACACCCCAGCGUGUGUGUACUUGUGUAGAUGUAUGUAGAUCCCUUGAGCCCCUUCUUGCUGCCACCUCUGUCCUGUGUGUGGUCUGAUCUUCCCUCUAUCCGGUUGCUGUGCAGACUGCGCCCAAGUAUAACACAGCAGCCCACCA